AUGCUCACCAUCCUCUCUUUGGCUCUUAACGGAUUCACUUUGUUGGGACUUGGACGCUCAGAGGACCUGUCUUGGGAGCCACGCUAUGCCCUGUUGAAGAACCUGAUUCUGAGUGACAUUGUGCAAACCAUCAAUUUGGGCCCGUUUGUGACUCACUGCUUAUGGCAGAGAAGGACAAUGAACUUCGACACCUGGUGCCUCAUCCAGUAUUUCACAGGCAGCACCUGUAUCUUCUGCACACUCAUCACCAUCACCUGCAUGGCCAUUGAGCGAUACCUGUAUGUGUGCCAUGCCAUCCACUACCUGUCCAUCCUCACCCCACUGCGCCUUCGCCUCACUAUCAGCCUCACCUGGGUCUUGUCCAUCAGCGUUGGCUGCAUUAACAUCACCCUACUACACCUGGGGGAGGGGGGAUAUGGCACAGCAACCUCUGGACUCAUAUGUGAGCCUGACACAGUGGAACGCCACAUGGGUUUCCCCAGGGCAGCGGCUAUCACCCGCAAGCUGGUGGGCUUCAUCAUCACCCUGCUCUGCCUCCUCAGCUACUUCUUUGCCUAUGUGCGGAUGUACCAGGACGCCCGCAACGCUGUGGUGCCCUUCAACACGGUGAACACGCGGGCGCGCAACACUGUGCUUUUCUACUGUGGGAUGUUGUUCUUGCAGCUGCUCCCUAUGUUCCUCAAGAUCACCUCAGAUGCUCUGUGGGAGCUGGAGGGCACAGGGGCCAUGAUGGCUCCCCUGACGACUCUCUCUGGGGCUGGGACCUCGCUGUCGGCCGGCACCCUGCACAUUUCCCUCCUGGCUCUCAUCCUGGUGCCUCCCUGCAUCAACCCCCUCAUCUAUGGCCUCCGCAACUGGGAGGUGCGUCAGGCGUUGCCCAGACUCUUCUGGUGGAAGGGUGAACGCCCUGAGCUAGACAUGGACAGGACUUGUGUCUCCCAGAUAUGGCAACUGAGGAGAGUGUAA